AUGGAUUUGAAAAAAUCGCCAUUGUCCGAAAACGCCCACCGGGGCGAAAUAGAAAUCGUCGAUCAUGAUUCCAGCGCGAUUGUGUAUCUGGAACACGGAUACCCCAGCAAGCUUGUGCGCUGGCAUCAUCACGAAGAAUGUGAACUGCAUUUAAUCGUUGAGACCACCGGAAGAAUCGGUAUGAAAUCAAGAGCGGCGGUGGCAUUUGAGGCGGGAAAGCCUUUAAGCAUUGAAACGGUGGAUGUUGAAGGACCGAAGGACAACGAAGUAUUGAUCGAAGUCAAGGCGACGGGGAUUUGUCAUACCGACGCCUAUACACUUUCGGGGAGCGAUCCCGAAGGGGCUUUUCCGGCGAUUUUGGGUCAUGAAGGAGCCGGCGUUGUCGUGGAGAUCGGUAAGAGCGUUAAAUCUUUGGCAGUCGGGGAUCAUGUAAUUCCGUUGUACACGCCCGAAUGCAGGGAGUGCGAGUAUUGUUUGCAUCCCAAAACCAAUCUUUGCCAAGCCAUCCGCACUACCCAGGGUCAGGGAGUGAUGCCCGAUGGAACCAGCCGUUUUAGUUUGGACGGCAAACCCCUGUUGCAUUAUAUGGGAACUUCGACCUUUUCCAAUUAUACCGUUCUGCCCGAAAUUGCCGUGGCGAAAAUCCGCAAAGACGUUCCUUUUGAAAAAGUUUGUUAUAUCGGUUGCGGCGUAACCACGGGCAUUGGUGCCGUUAUCAAUACGGCCAAAGCCGAGCCAGGUAGCAAAAUCGUGGUUUUUGGUCUUGGCGGCAUUGGAUUGAACGUCAUUCAGGGAGCCAGAUUGAUUGGGGCGAGCAUGAUUAUCGGGGUGGAUAUCAAUCCCGACAAGGUGGAAUUGGCGAAAAAAUUUGGCAUGACCCAUUUCGUGAACCCCAAGGAAGUCGAAGGCGACUUGGUGCCUUAUUUGGUGAAUUUGACCGGCGGAGGCGCCGAUUACUCUUUUGAAUGUGUUGGAAACGUGGGCCUCAUGCGCCAAGCUUUGGAAUGCUGCCAUAAAGGUUGGGGGAUGUCGGUUAUUAUCGGGGUGGCCCCGGCCGGAGCCGAAAUUUCAACGCGCCCGUUUCAACUGGUAACCGGAAGAUCGUGGCGAGGCACCGCUUUUGGAGGCGCAAGAGGCCGGACGGACGUGCCUAAAAUCGUUGAUUGGUAUGCGGAGAAAAAAAUCAACAUCGAUGAUUUGAUCACCCACACCAUGCCGUUGGAUAAAAUCAAUGACGCUUUUGAAUUGAUGCACGAAGGCAAGUCGAUCCGUUCGGUCGUCAUUUAUUAA